AUGAUGGAAGCUAUGGAGCGCUUCCAUCUAUCUCCCGCAUCGCAAGAUCUUGCUAGGACGCUGGACAUGCCGGAUCUUGGCGUGUGGAAUGGGCAGGAAUUUGUCUUGAUCACACGGCAGGAGGACGGGUGGUGGGAUAAAGCGAAGCUGCUGUGGAGAUAUGGCACCGCGCCGCUGUGGACGAAUCGGCUGAUGAAGAGUGCUGUGGGCAAGUUCUUGACUAUGUAUGAUGAGCCUGUGUUUCCGUGGAAGAGUCUGAGUGAGGUGUGUGGAGAAGGCGUGACUGGUGAGCAGUAUCUCAAGGCGAAUGGUAUUGGAGAGGCAUUUGGAAGAGAAAUUAUUCAGGCGAGUACUCGCGUCAACUACGCUUCGAACCUGGCGUUCAUUCAUGGACUGGAGGCCAUGGUCUGUAUGGCCACGAAUGGUGCGAUGCAAGUUGAAGGUGGUAACUGGCAGAUCUUCGCCAUGUCCAAGAUCUCAAAGCAGAAAGACAGCACCUACCAGCUCACCCUGAAGGACGGCCAAAUCUCGACAUUCGACGAGAUCAUCCUCGCGGCACCUCUCCAAUACACCGACCUCACUAUCGAUCCUGCACCAAAGCACACGCCCGAUGAAAUCCCCUACACAAAACUCUACACAACGCUCUUCGCCUCGCCCUACCGCUUAGAUCCGACAGUCUUUAACAUGGCCCCCGACGCUUCCGUCCCACAAUACGUCCUCACCACCCUCCCCCCAACCGAGCCACCCCAAGACAACGCAGGCUCCCCCGGCUUCUACAGCAUCUCAAUCCACAAUACGUUCAUAAACGCACACGCCACACCCCCACGUCCCGAAUACAUCUACAAGAUCUUCUCGCCCGCGCGCGUCACGCCCGAGCUACUCUCCCACAUUCCUCGGCCACAAGGUCGACCAAGAAGCCCGAUGUGAACGGCACGGUUAGCUUGGAUUUACCACAAGAUUUGGAAUAGCUAUCCGAAGAGAGUAUCCGCGCCGUUACGUUUGAGGAGAUUGUGCUGGAUGAGGGGUUGUGGUAUACCAGUGGAAUUGAGAGCUUUAUUAGUACGAUGGAGACGAGUGCGUUGAGUGGGAAGAAUGUGGCGAGGUUGGUGAGGGAUGGGUGGGUUGAGAGGGGGAAGGAUGGGGUGGUUGGUGGAGAGGGAGCUGAGCUGUGGCAAGAAGAGCUUUGAAAUUUUCAUGAGGUUUGCUUUGUGGGGGUUUAGUUGUGAUUGAGCGAUUCAUAAGAUAGCUUCAUGAAGCGAAGGGUUCAUAGUGCUGACGGGCUUUGCCAGGUUGUUUUACAUCUUAACGACAUUGCAUAUCUG